GUGGUGGAGUCUCCUUCUUUGGAGGUCUUUAAGCAGAGGCUUGACAGGCAUAUGUCAAGAAUGCUUUGAUGGUGUUUCCUGCUCGGCAGGGGGUUGGACUGGAUGGCCCUUGUGGUCUCUUCCAACUCUAUGAUUCUAUGAUUCACAGCGGCCGACCAGGGGCCCCUUUGCAGGGGGUUGGACUAGAUCAGGCACCCCCAAACUUCGGCCCUCCAGAUGUUUUGGACUACAAUUCCCAUCUUCCCCGACCGCUGGUCCUGAUAGCUAGGGAUCAUGGGAGUUGUAGGCCAAAACAUCUGGAGGGCCGCAGUUUGGGGAUGCCUGGACUAGGUGGCCCUUGGGUCCCUUCCAGCUAUGAUUCUAUGAAACCCACAUGCCGGAUCCGAGCAUGAGAGCCGCUCUCCCCUCCUGCGGUUUCCAGCAAAUGGCAUUGACAAACACCCCUCCUUCCUUCCUCCUUCCUGUUUGGCACCCGCUUGGGCAUUUCAAUAAGGCCAAGUGAGUCACCCGGGGCGAUUCCUUCUCCUUGUGCGGCGACCUCUGCGACCGGCCUGGGGUCACAUAAGAAAGAGCCUGCUGGAUCGGACUCGAAGGGGGCCCACCUAGCCCAGCCUCCUGCUCAAAUGCCGCUAAGAACCUAGGAAUCCAGAUAGACUGCCUGUGAACCUGGAAGAUCCAUGAGAAGUGCCAGAUGCAGGUGAAACUUGGCAAAUUAGAAUAUCGUCGAAAAGUGCAUUUUUUCCAGUAAUGCAACUUAAAAGGUGAAACCAAUAUAUGCAUCCCCAAACUGCGGCCCUCCAGAUAUUUUGGACUACAAUUCCCAUAUUCCCUGACCACUGGUCCUGUUAGCUAGGGUUCAUGGGAGUUGCAGGCCAAAACAUCUGGAGGGCCGCAGUUUGGGGAUGCCUGAAUAGAUGCAUGACAUGCAAAGCAAGAUAUGUCAAGUCUUUAUUUGUUGUAAUUGUAAUUAUUUGUCGUUAGGCAGGUCAGUUUAUAAAUGGAGUGUAAUUAAUGAAAUGUAAGAGCGAUGUUUAUUUUUGUUCAUUUUUCUAUUAUUGUAACUAUUUGUUUUAUUACUGUCGAAUUUCCAAAAGAAAGCAUUUGUAAAAAUUAAAAUAAAAAAAAAAUAACAAGUUGCAUUACUGAAGCAAAUGCACUUUUCGACGAUAUUCUAAUUUUCCGAGUUUCACCUGUAGAGGGAUCAGAGCCAAAGGGGGCACAGCCGAGGGGAUUUGGCCACUGGACUAGAUAGUCCCCCUUUGACCUGAUCCCAGCAGUCAGACUCCUGCCUUGGAGAGGGUUGGGCUAGAUGGCCCUUGGGUGUCCCUUCCAGUGCUUUGGAAGAACUUCCUGGCAGAAAAAUCUGUUGGGCGGAUUUUUUCAGAAGGUAGUGGGCUCUCUUUUCUUGGAGGUUUUCAAGCAGAGGUUGGGGGAGGCCAUCUGCCAGGGGUUCUUCAGCUGCGAUUCCUGCAUUGCAGCGGGUUGGACUGGAUGACCCCUGGGGAUACCUUCUAACUCUACCAUCCUUCAAUUCCAAAAUUAAAUUGCCCUAACCCAUGCCAUAAACAAAAAAGAAACCCAGUUGCAGGAUGUGCAUUUAUUCAUUUUUUAAAUUUAAUCUCUGGACACCCUCCGGGGAGUUCCCUUUCCAGCUUAUCUGAGGGUCUGGCGGCUGAUAUUUGUCACUGUUGCAAAAAAGGGUGCUUUCCCGCGAGAUCCUUGGUGUGCAGGAACUGAGAAUAUGAGCCUUUGGAGAGUCCAUACUUCCCUCCGACAAAGGGUUUACAAAAGCUGAGGCGAAGGGGGCUUCCAUCCCGGGCUGGCAGCAUGUCUUAUUUCGCGGAGCAUUUCUGGGGCGAGAAGAACCAUGGCUUUGACGUCCUCUAUCACAACAUGAAGCAUGGCCAGAUCUCAGCGAAGGAGCUAGCGGACUUUGUGCGGGAGAGGGCGGCUGUAGAGGAGACCUAUGCCAAGUCUAUGGCCAAGAUGUCCAAGAUGGCCGGAAACAGCACUCAGCUGGGGACUUUUGCCCCGCUCUGGGAGGUCUUCCGCAUCUCAUCGGAUAAGCUGGCGCUGUGCCACGCGGAGCUGGUGAAGAAGCUGCAGGAUUUGAUCAAGGAGAUCGGGCGCUAUGGGGACGAGCAGCUGCGGGCACACAAGAAGUCCAAGGAUGAGGUGGCCGGGACCCUGGAAGCGGUCCAGAUCCUGCAAGGAGCCGCUCAGCACCUCCCAAAAGCCAAGGAGACUUACAGCAGCCGCUGCCAAGAGCUGGAUCGCUUGCGGAGAGAAGGAGGCAGCCAGAAGGAGAUCGACAAGGCUGAACUGAAGUCGCGGAAGGCGGUGGAGGCCCUGCGGAGGGCCGUGGAGAAGUACAAUGAAGCACGGAAUGACUUUCAGCAGAAGAUGCUCGACUCCGCCGUGCGCCUGCAGGAGGUGGAGGAAUCGCAUCUGGAGCAGAUGAAGGUCCUGAUUGGCUCCUACAUCCACUCAGUGGAAGACACCCACGUCCAGAUCGGGCAGGUCCAUGAGGAAUUCAAGCAGAACAUGGAGAACAUCGGAGUGGAGACCCUCCUGCGGAACUUCGCCGAGAGCAAAGGGACCGGGCGGCAUCCGCCGGGACCGCUGGAUUUUGAGGAGCUGAGCAUCAUUCCUGCGCAGGAAGGACCCAAGCGAACUCGCAGCAAAGCCUUCCGCAUCCCUGGCCUGAGCCGCAAAGAACGGGAGCGGGACUCUGUGGAGUCUCCAGACACCGAGUCAGGGCUCCCCGACGUGGACGAGGAAGGGUUCACCGUCCGGCCCGAAACAAAUCAGAACGGCGAACACCCCACCCGCUUCUGCUCCUCCAGCGACUCGGAUUACGAUGAUGAGGAGCCCCACAAGUUCUACAUCCGCAUCAAGCCAGUGCAGCCUCGGGAGCGGGCCAGCAGCGCCGCGGCUGUGGAGCAGCUCAAGGCCUCCGUGGGGAACCUCAUCCUGCCCCCCAGCGUGGGGUGCACAAUGAAGAGGCAUUCUUCCAGGCACCUGAAAGCACUUGCCUCGGCCUCAGCCGAGACGGAUUCUGACACGGCCCCUGCCCCAGGUGAUAAGUCCGGCAACCCGCAGGCACCUCUCUUCGGCACCCGUAUGAAAAGCUGUGACAGCAAACCUGAGACCGAUGUUCUCCCUGCCAGCGCCCUGUUUGGCCCCCCGCUGGAGUCAGCCUUUGAAAACGAGGAGUUUUCAGCAGCCCCCCGCUCUUACCUCUUGGCCUCCAGCCCAUCCCCCUUCUCUUCCUCGUCCCCCGAGAACGUGGAAGACUCUGGCCUGGACUCCCCGUCUCACCUGGCCACCGGCCCCUCCCCGGACGCCCGCCUCUGGAGCCCCCGGCCUGGCACCCCACAGAGCCCCCCUGGAAAGCGCCCCCCCAAGGAUGGACCCCGUUGCUGCCAGCCAGCUGACGACACCCCCGACCCGUGGCUCCCCCAGCCGGACUCCCAGGAGCUCCCCGAGUGGACCGACUCCGUCUUGGCCUGGCCCCCCACCCCGGCGCCCCCCAACAACCCCCCGGGCCGGCACGAGUCCCCCUUCACCGACCCCUUCUUGGAGGCUGCAGCACCCGGGGGUCGGCGGGGCUGGUCGGCUGCGGAGUGUCCCCCGCAGGGUGGCGAGCGCGACAGUUGCCUCUCCUCGAACUCGGCCUCCUCCUCCUCCUCGUCCCCAGCACCCCCUAGCAGCGGAGACUCCACCAGCCCGUCUCCUUGGGCGCCACGGGGCAGAGAGUUGGAGGGCGCCCCCCCAGACAUGCCAUCGGACCCCGCUUCUCUCCCUCUGUCCGCUGCACCUGGAUUGACCCCGAUGGUGGCCCCCCCUCGGCGAUGCCGUGCAAAACGGCCCUCGGCAGUCUCAACCGGCAGCGACACGCCCCGCUCGCUCAGCCCCUCGCGUCUCUGGGCCUUGUCGACCCCGCAGAGUUCGGCUGGAAUGACGGAGCGGGCCUUCUUCAUGGCCACACAGCCGGGACUCGGCGUCUCACGGGGUCCAUCUCCCGUUGUCCUGGGUGCGCAGGGUGCUCUCCCUGUGGCGACGGCCUUCACGGAAUACAUCCACGCCUAUUUCAAAGGUCGCAGCCCAGAUAGCUGCCUGGUCAAGAUCACGGGAGAGCUGACCAUGUCCUUCCCGGCGGGGAUCCUGCGCGUCUUUAGCAGCGCCCCUGCGCCCCCCGUCCUCAGCUUCCGCCUGCGCCACACGGCCGCCAUCGACCAGUUCCUUCCCAACACCGAACUCCUCUUCAGUGACGCCUCGCAGAGUGACUCCCACAUCAAGGACUUCUGGCUCAACAUGGCCGCCCUCACUACACACCUCCAGAAGCAGGCGGAGCAGGCGCCGGGCGCCCCGUACUACAACGUCACCCUCCUCAGAUACCAGUACUCCAAGCAAGGCCCACGCUGGGCCCCCUUGCAGCUCUCCGUGGACUGGGCAUGUGGGUCUGAGGCCACGCGGGUACGCAUCGACUACAGCUACAACACGGGCGCUUUGGCCUCGGCUGCGGCCCUCGGCAACGUCCAGAUCCUCCUGCCCAUCGAAGAACCGGCUGCCAACGUCCAGCCGCAGCCGAGCGCUUCAUGGAACCUGGAGGAGAAGCGAUUGCUGUGGCGGCUCCUGGACCUCCCUGGCACCCAAGGGCACCCAGCAUCCGGCCGCCUCCUGGCCAGCUGGGAACCCCUGACUGGUCCCAGCAAGCCCAGCCCGGUGGCAGCCCAGUUCACCAGCGAGGGGAGCACCCUUUCCGGGGCAGAUGUGGAGCUGGUGGGCAGCGGGUACCGCAUGUCGCUGGUCAAGAAGAGGUUCGCCACAGGGAUUUAUCUUGCCGGCUCCUGAUCAGACCCCGUCCCAGCAGUCGCCUCCGGUUUGUUCCAAAAGUGUGUCUUGCGACAGGAAGGAGAUGUUUGCGUGUUUUUAAAUUAUUAUUUUUUGCCUGGAUUUUAAAACACUGGAGUUGGGGUGAGAGAAGCAGCCACCCCGGGAAUGGAAGAAUCGAGGAGUGCGCAGUUCAAGGCGGAAGGGAUUUUGCACCACAAAUCUCUCCAUAUUAUUUUUUAUUGUUAUUUUGUAUGCUCCAUCUUUCAUUCCUAAGCUGCGUCAGAUGCCCAGAAGUCGGGAGGUGGGCGCUCUCUCAUUUUCCAAGCUGCUAAGGUUGAAGAAGAAAAAAAUAAGGGUGGGGGAGACAAUUGCUGUUGGAAAAGUUGCUCUUUUAAUAAUAAAAAACCACUUGUUUUUCUAAUAA